CCCCUCACCCCUCGAGGCCCUGGACUCAUUUUCACCCCUUCACUCACUAGAGCCGCCUUCUCUCCCAACCAUAUAUGAACAUUUUCUUGACAGAGUCGAAUUGACGACUGAGGUUUUCAUCGGACUUGUUACUAACCUGAAUCUGCUGUCUAUCCCGAAUUCCGAAUCCUGUUGCGGACCCACCUUUUCUUGGAGUCGACGGCCCGGUCCGGCCUUUCGUCUCUGAAGAGGACUCUAAGGACAUCUCCUAGCCGGGCAUCUAUGUCUACCGUCAUGCGCAAGAAGGUCUGCAUCGUGGGUGCCGGUCCUUCCGGACUCGUGGCUGCUAAGGCCUUGCUCCACGAUGGUCCUGCAGGUGCCUUCGAUGUGACUGUGUUCGAUGGGAAAACCCGCAUCGGUGGCCUCUGGCCCUCUCGGAAGGAUGACGCUGCUGGUCUCGUCCACCCCCUAAUGGUAGCCAACCAGAGCAAGCACACAGUCCAGUUUAGCGACCUCGCCUGGCCAGACGAUGCCCCCGACCUGCCACGGGCCUGGCAGAUUGGCCAGUAUCUCGAUCGCUAUUUCCAAACAUAUUGCCGCGAGGCCAAGCUUAUGCUCGGAAAUCGCGUUGAGAAGGCUGAGCCGUUGGUCUCCUCCUCAGAGAGCCACGCAGAUGCAGGCUGGCGCGUUCGAACCCGCUCCACCGCGGGGGAAGUGGCAGAAGAGACGUUCGACUAUCUCAUUGUAGCUUCUGGCUUCUUUGGCGCACCCUCAAUUCCGCAAAUCGACCUGGAGCACGCCGAUAUCCCAGUCAUUCACAGUAGUCAGUAUCGGAAUCUCCAAGGGAUCCUCGGCAAAACCGAUGGAAAAGCGGGUAAGGUCUUGGUAGUUGGUGGCCAGAUGUCAGGGGUUGAGAUCGCAGCCACAAUUGCUUCGCACAUCUCGUCCGCCAUGCACUCGCCCGGUUCGAGCCCAAUACCCAGUCCAGAAAACUACUCCGUACACCAUCUCAUUCAGAAGCCUGCCUGGGUUUUCCCCCUUCACAUUUCUCCCAAGCCUACAUCGUCCGCACCUCCAUUCCUCCCACUAGACCUGGGGUCUUAUGACCUGUCCAAGAGGCCCCAGCCUUUGACUAAUUCGCAGGGACACAUCACCGUGGAAACAGCCAAGAUUGUUCACUCCAUGUACCAAACAGCACUUGGAACCGACCAGUCAGUCUUCUCCCAAGCUGUGUCGGUCUCAACUGCCGAGACUGCCGACCCACCAUAUCUCGCUGUUAGUGACAACUACAUGGACUUCGUCCGCUCAGGUCUGAUAUCCGUAUCCCGUGGCAAGCUUGACACGCUUGCCGGCCAUCAAGCGACAUUGUCGCCCUCAGGGACAAAAAUCGACGAUGUUGCUGCUGUGGUUCUUGCAACCGGCUUUAAAGCGUUUUCUUCAAUCUCCUUUCUUCCAGCCUCAGUCCAUGAGACCCUUUCCCUAUGCCCGUCUGAUCUCUACAACACGGUUGCGCUGGCAUUUCAUGGCACCCACCACCCCUCCAUUCCGAAUCUGGGCUUCGUUGGGUUUUAUCGAUCCCCGUACUGGGGGGUGAUGGAGAUGCAGGCUCGCUUUCUCACGGCGCUGUGGACCGCUGGCGGCCCGUCUUCAUCGAGUCUCCCUCCCUCUCUCAAAAAUGCUCUGGAAACCGAUAUUUCUAUUGAGCAGACACUUAAUCUUCGGACCGACCCCCGGGCAUCCCAGUUUCCUAUGGGCGAUUACCCCUGGCUUAUGCAGGAAUUUGCCAGUGCCCUUGAUCUUCAGCUCUCAGCGCAUUUGGGUAAGAUGCCGAGUCUGCCACCAGCGGGCAUGGAAAUGAGCAUCUUGACGCCGGCUCGGUAUCCUUCUCGAUCACUAACCGAAUUCCAGCGAGCUGAGGUCACCAAGUCCCUUCAGCAGACUGAGGCCACUGUCUGGGCGGGUCUGUGUUCUGCUAAAUUCGUUGCCAAGGCCGUCUUUCGUUCCCUGCUCGGCGAGUGGAAGCUUGAGAGGGAACUCAUGAGCAAGCUUCCCAGUCAUCCCAGCGGGCACUUCAGUGGCACCGCGAAGUUCCUACUAAGAGCAGGGACAAAGGAUGGGCGUGAGGCCGAGUUUGAUGCCCCCGGCGAGGACGGCAGCGACGGCCUAGAGUACCUCUACGUAGAGGAAGGAGACUUUAAGGCCGCAAACGGACUCACCUUCCGCGCCACUCGACGCUACGUGUGGCGGUACAAUGAGAAGUCGGACAAAUUGAGCGUCUGGUUCGUCAAGACAGACGACCCGAAGAAGGCUGACUACCUGUUUCACAAUGUCGAUUUCGUCGUGCCAAUGCAAGAUGGGGAGGCUGAAAUUGGCGGGAAGGGGUGGGAAGCUACAGCAGGACACUUGUGCAUCGACGACUUCUACGAUGUGAGGUACCGCUUCCACUUUGAGGCUGUCAAUUUGAGGGAUUGGAGACUGUCAUACACUGUCAAGGGUCCGAAGAAGGACUAUAUGAUUGAUGGCGUAUACAGCCGGUAACAUACAUUGGAUAUUACAUGCCAGCAAGGGUAUGUCCCCUCGCAAUGGAAGACACACAAGAUGAAUCCCUUUGUUCGGGGCCCAUCCGGAAUGUCGUCUUGCUUUUACAAUCUCGACUUGUAGACAAACUACGUCGGUCUCUGGCCUCGUGUUGAGUCAAGAACAUCCGGUCGAAAGCUUGCCGACAGGCAACACCAGAUUGUUACGUAGUGGGUAUUUGUACACCAUGGGAGAGCAAGAUAGAAGAGGUACAAUACAGUACCUUAGUUCCGGGAGCAAUUUACGAG